AGUUAUUUGACUCGCAGUAGUGUUUUUGUUUUUGUAUACAGAGUUGUAAUAUCAUUAAAUGUCAUAAAGUUAUAAUAACAUAAUACAGGGUCAUGGUUCGUGUUAGAUUGAUGGAUCGAUUUAAGGGUACAUGUAAUGUAAGAAACUCUGAGUCAGCAGUCUAGAUUUUGCGCCGCAAGUGUUAUUUUGCAAAUUAAUGCUGGGAUAUGCAUAUGCCAGGCAUAAGAUUUCCCGACUUUAAGAAUAUCUGAUAAGACGGGCGGUGACAACUGGGACUUCCUAUCUAGAAAACAUACCGGACUGGAUGAAGAUAACCUAUAAUUAAAUCGAAAGUAAAAUAAACUGAAUUUUCUCACACGGAAUUUGCUGUAGGCUACGUAGGCAAGAAGCGAUAAUUCAUCUCUACCGAACAAGCAUGAUCCCCGAUGCAGAUGCACAAAUCCACAACAACGACAAAAUAUCGAAACAUAACACCAAACAAAAACAGAAGGAUUGUGCAACAAAAUGGAAUAUUUUUCUGCUGACCUUGAGCUUCAUUCUUGGGGUGGAGACAAUCGUUUCUGUGCGUCUAUUGCAUGGUCUUUUCCAGGACAUUUUAAAGACCCAAGAUGAAGUUGAAUAUGGGGAGUAUCCUGUUGAAUGUCUAUACAAAUUUCUAGAUAUAAACAUUCAGACCUAUCAUCAAAUAGACUUGGAAACCUGUGAUUUACUCAUUCAAGAGUUCAGCCAUGGAGCUCAAAGGCGGCUGCAGUGGGACAUAAAAAAUGUCAUCGUUGAAUCCAUGGAUGAGUGCAAUAUAAGCCAGGAGUAUAUACCUGCUAUUCAUGUUGGAGCUGAGACUGAACUUCGCCAGCUUAAUCAUCUACCAGGUGAUGGUGGAAAUGAGAUGACUUCAACACAUCGCCUCCGGUGGAACAAUAUUGAGGGCCAGGUCACUGAAGAUGGCUUAAUGCGUGUCAGCCCUGACGGUGAAAUUAUAGUCCCACAAGAUGGACUUUACUUUGUUUACUCACAGGUUUAUUUCCAGAUGAUUCCAUCUCGACCACCUGGAGGGAACUUUUUUCAAACAAUAUACAAAAGGACAACCACUCACUCACAGCCCGUUCCUCUUGCAAAAGCAAGGGAGGUUCCAUGCUUAGAUCCGACCUUUAACACCCAACUCUUCUCCAGCCACCAGGGGGCAUUGUUUCAUCUGCAUAAGGGAGACAAACUCUUCCUCUCUGUUUGGGAUAUGAAAGCUCUUCGCUUGCUGCCAGACUCCACAUAUUUUGGUGCAUUUAUGGUCAAAUGAGUUUCAUAUCUAUGAUGAAAUAAUUCCUCUACAGUUAAGCCUCAGGGAAUAUUUUACAUGUGUAAACAAAGUCAUAUCAUUUCAUAAGAGGUGUAUGUUGCUGUUAUCUAUAAGACAUGUGGUUAAGAACUAACUUAUUCAUACCCCUGGCAAACAUGUGAUUUAAUGUUGCUUUUCUCUCAAUCAAUAUGUUUGUUCUGACUGAAAAUUAAACUGCCAAAAGGUUGUGAGAUAAUGUAGUAAAAACAUGGAAUCAAAAAAAGAAGUGUUUCCAUGUUUUUGUAAAAAAUCUUUUUUUAAUGAAAAAUGGCAUGUCCAAAAUUAUUCAUACCAUUUCUAAAUAAUCAAUAGAAACAUCUGUAUCGCCACAUCUCUCAAAAUGGUUCUUAUAAUAUAAUGUCUCCACAAUGAUUCUAGGCUGCACCUAUAGCUGCAAUACAGGUUUUGAAGCAGGAACGAUUUUUUGCCAUCAUCACUAUGGCCUUGUGCUCAUUUUUUGACAGAUUGGGGUCUGGACUCCAGCUGGGCCACUCUAAAAUGUCCAUUGAUUAUUUUAAAAGGGUAACAUUCUUUCUGUGGUAUGUUUCUACCACAUUGUCUUACAGCCUUUUGGCAUGUGCCAGUGUCUUUUUCAGUCAGAACAAACAUAAUGUUCAAGAAAAUCAACCAUAUCUGCCAGGGGCAUGACUAAUUUUGUUCUUAACUGUAUUUUGGAAGUUAAUCUUGUUUAAUAAUGUUUUGAUAUCAAUGAAAUAUGGAAACAGGGCAUUUAAAAUCUGUUUAUAAGAACAGUGUUUGUUGUACUUAUGAAAGGGUUCUGAGUAUAAUGUACCAACUUCACAGCUGUUUACACAGUUAAACCAAUUGGAAAUUCGAAUGAACUGAGGGUGCCUAGACCCAACCUUAAUUGAGAAUUGGUUUGGUGUCAGCUACUCUACCAAAACAUCUUUUUAUGUGCUGUCCUCAAGGAAAAUAGAAGGAUGAUGAGGAUAAAACAAAAAAAUACAUAAGUAAACACUUAACCCAUUAAGUCAUACACCUAGAAGAGCAAUAACAGUCAGAUGCUGGAAAUUAUUCCAUCUGACAACUCUGAGGUUGAACUGAGAUGAUUCCUCCUGACAGUUUGUACAACAGCACAAUUGAACAGUGAUGGUGAAGGUCCAGUUCAAAAGAGAUGGCAUCAGGCCAUUUAACACUGAUAAUACCUCCGGAAUAAAAUGACAAUCUCCAGGAUGAAAACAGGUCAUAUGAAUUUAUUUUCUUUUACAUGUAAUACAAUAUAUAAAUAAAUAAAGAUAUUUGAUGGGAAA